AUGAAAAAGCAAGUUUCAAAAGGAUAAAUACAAAAACCUGGACCUUAACCAAUUGUUUUGAGGUCCUCUAAGUCAAAAGAAAACCUCUCACAUAAACAGUCGCUUAGUCCAAAAGGCUAAGAAGGGACUGGGAUGUUUUCACCUCAAAAAAUGACUUUGCAGAAGAAUCUAUUUCAGGGUUACAUGAAGAUCAAGGAUAUUAACUCCACUAAAAACAGUAACAAAAACUCAUUCUUCCAGACUAUAAUUGACAAAAAUGCACCUAAGCAAGAUAUAAAGAAUUCUAAAGCGCAAAGUAAAUUACGCAAAUCAAGCUCUAAAAAAAGCAAGAAAAGAGUGUCUAAAAUUACAAGCUAGUAAAAUAUUAUGGUCGAUCAGUAAUCUCUAUCAAACUUUUCUGGGGGCUCAUCCUUAUCUACUAGAAGUAAAAAAAGAACACCUUUUGAUUCCCCAAACAAUCAAUAGGAUGGGGCAAACUUAAGAUUAGUAGAUCAACAGUCUGUGAGGACCAUGCUUAUCCAGAAUCAAUAACAAAGGUUAGAUAAUAAAGGACCAAAAUAAAAACUCAGAAUCUCAGAAAAACUAUAUUCAGGUUCAAGAGUGAAAAAUCAAAUGCUAAACCAGAGAGGAAGUGUGAAACCUUAGAACUAGUUACACUUCAUGACUUCAUCAAUAGAAGAUAUAGAUCAUAUGUAUAACAGGCAUUUUUAGUCUUACUAAGAUACAUUUGAUGAAGAUCUACUGAAUUCAUUAAGCUAGACAACUAUGGAAAACUAAGAAAAGCUAAACAGAGUUAAGCCCUAUUUUAACAAUAAGAAUAUAGUUUUAAGAUCCUCUACACUCAGUCAGAAUUCAGAUGAAAAGAAGCAUAUGUUUCAAUCAAUUAAACCACCAAAGCAUAACCAAAACUUAAAUCAAUUUAAGAGCGUAAAUACAUCCAACAAGCAGAGUAUAAUAGUUUCACCUAGCAAAAUUGAAUUAUAUCAUCAGAGUACCAAUCCAAGUAAUGAGAGGCCAAAUGCUGGAAAUAUCAUAAACAAGCAUUCCUUUAACCCCUAAAGUUACUUCUAAAGUGCCAAACUCCUACAAAAGCAGAAAUAAGAUCAAGCAAUUGGGCUUAAAAGUAGGAAUGUGAUAAAUAAUAACUUUAUGGUAAAUACUAAACUUGGUCAAACAGCCCCUUUGAUAUAGAACUGGCAAGGCAACAGUGUAUCUUACAACAAUAGAGCUAAUAAUACUUUGUCUCCUGAUAAUCAUCUUGGUUUAUAAUCAGUCAAAAAUUUGCACCAAACUCUUAAUGCUGUUACCCAAUAAAAUUGUAGUUAAAACUUGAGUAAACUCUCUGGAAAAUAAAAGAAUAAAUUAGUGAUUAAAUCAAAUGGUUAAUUCUCACAUAAAAAUAUAAAGAAUGAGAGCAAAGAUGAAAUUAAAAAGAAAUAAAUCUAAAAUGCAGUGAUGAAAAAACUCUAACAUAAUUUCUAGGUAUCCUUUACCAAUAGCUUUUAGCAUUCAUCGAUGGCAAAGGAUGGAAUAGAGAAAAUUUCGCCUAUUAAAGACGAAACUGAAUCUAUCAGAGAUUAUGACAAUCUUGAAAUUUUACAAAAAAUGUUCGAGGAAUAAAAAAUGCAGAUCCAAGAAAAAUGUGGCUUGCUCAAUAAUCAAUUUCUCAGUCAAAUUAAUUAAAUCAACAAAAAAUUUUCUGAUAUAAAAAGAAGUAAAGAUGAUGAUGUACUAGAUAAGCUAAAUUUAGUUAAGAAUACCUAGCUUGAUUUAUCUCUUUUUCUAGAUGACUCAGUAAAAAAUUUGAUGGAAAAAAUGAUUCUUGUUCAAGAUGAAUGCUUUAACUAGUUGUUUUCAGAUAAAAAGGAUUUAACAAAUAGGGUGUUUACAAUUUAGUCUCAACUAAACUAAACUAACUAAAUACUUAUCUAAACUUAGAAAGAAUUAGAGGACAUAAACAGAAAUGAAAACGAGACUAGAUCUUAGAUACAGGCAAUGACCUAGCAAAUUGACGAAAGAGAUGAUAUGAUUGAGAGACUAGAAUAUGAGAUUGAGAUUGCUAAGAAAAAAUAUAAAGAGCUAUUUAAGUAACAAAUGCAGUUGCCAGGAAAUAAGAAAAGUAGUGCUAUGCCUAAGAGAUUCAGUGGUAUUUCAGAUAAUUAAAAUAGUUAGAUCUUAACUGAGGAAGAAUAACAAGAGGUGUUAGAGUAGCUUUAGGUUUAUCAAAGUGAAAAUGAGGAGCUCAAAGGAGUACUCUAGGAGAUGUAAGAAGAAUUAGACUAUGGAAAGCAAAGAGAAAAUAAGCUUAUGUUCUUCUUGUAUGUACUUAAGGAGUAAGGCUUUCCCAUUUCUGAUGUGUUUGAAACCGAAAUUAAGGAUAUACCCACUACUAGAUUCUCUAACCAGUUUGAUGAUGAAUAUAAAUAGCUCUAUGCCUAGCUGUAAGAGGAAAGAAUCACUAUCAAGAAACAAAAAUUGAUCGAUAAAGAUUACGAAUAGUUUGGAGUCAAGAAAGAGGAAGUACUAGCAGGCAUACCAUUUACUGAUAGGGUCUACUCGAAUGUCUACAAUUAAAAGUAGGAUUUAAGAUAACCAAGAAAAAGCUAUGACAGACAAAAUUAUUCUAGAAGUAAAAUGGGCAGUUAUCUUAAUUUGGACUCAGAAUAGGUAUCUAGUUUAAUUGGAGGAGAUAGUGUUAUUUUCAAUACAGGUACAUUUAUUGAACCUUCGAAGAGGCCAAAUUAAAUCAAGAGGCCUUCUAUAGUUCCCAAACUAGAUAUACUCAGAGUGUAUUAGAACAAGAGUGAAUCAGAUAUUUCUUCUAUGACUGAUAAUACCUAAAAAUAGCAAGAAAAAAUGAAAAGAGGCCCUAAUCCAAGAUAGUUCAAACAAAUUUUAGACAAGUACAACAUUAUGACUUGUGCUAGAAAUACUGAUGACAAAGAAUGGUAAUUCUAGAGGAAACUUGAGAAAGCAGAAAUUGCUGAGAAGUUGCGGGUUAGUACUAUUCAAAUAAAUAGGAAUAAGAAAAGUUAGUCAAAGGAUCACUAGCACUUAGUCUCUAUUUAGACCGCAAAUAAAAAAACUGAAAUUAGAAAGUAAUGA